AUGUUAUUGGAAACUAUUUUUUCGUUUAUGUUUCUGUAUGUUUUAUCAUAUUCACAGAAAAAUGAUAUAAUUAUAACAGGCCCAGGCCUUAAUCCAAUAGAAAUUGUGAUGCCGGCAAGAUACUUUUUCAUCAAUUUUACUCAUAUCAAUUCUCAAUCGUACACUCCAAAAUUAAAUAAAGAAUUGGUAGUUGAAAUAAAUGGCAGAUCAAGUGAUGGCAAACAUUGUCGUGUUUGGGUUAACAAGUUAGACAGGAAAGAUGGAACAUUUAUUGUACGUUAUAAAAUUUACGAAACAUGCUCAGAUUUGUCUAUUCAUGUAUAUUAUGGUAAAAAAGAAGUAGCAAAAUCGCCAUACAAGUUUAAAGGAACUAUUUAUGCAGAUCAAUGCAACUGUCCAGAACACCAGUUUCAGAAAUGGUUUAAAAAUUAUGGUUGUAAAGAUACAUAUGGACAAAUUAAGAAAGAUCUGAAACCAUUCCAUAACAUAAACAUGAAAGAAGAGUUACAAAGUAUUAUAAAAAAAUAUCAUCAACCAGAAAGUACUAGUUUUUGUCAUUAUGCUAUAAAACAAAAUAAAUUGUAUAGAAAUUGUUAUGGAAAGCAUGUAGGCUUCAAUAUGUUUUCUGAUAACAUUUUAUUAUCUUUGAUGAGAAAAGUUAAAUUGCCUGAUAUGGACUUGGUGAUAAACCUAGGUGAUUGGCCUUUAGUCCACAGGAAAGAUAAGCCAUUGCCAAUUUUUUCAUGGUGUGGGAGUGAUGAAACUUAUGACAUAGUAAUGCCAACUUAUGAUUUAACUGAAUCUGCAUUGGAAAACAUGGGAAGGGUGACUUUAGAUACCUUAUCAGUUCAAAGUGGUGCAGAAAUUGUGUGGAAGGAGCGCGAGCCACGAGCAGUUUGGCGUGGUCGUGAUUCACGCGCUGAGCGUUUGAAACUUAUUGACAUUGCACGAGCCAACCCAGACUUGUUUAAUGCUUCUCUUACAAAUUUCUUUUUCUUUAGAGAUAAAGAAGCACAAUAUGGGCCGAAACAACCUCAUAUAUCAUUCUUUAAAUUCUUUGAUUUUAAAUAUCAAAUUAACGUGGAUGGCACUGUAGCUGCAUAUCGCAUGCCGUACCUGUUAUCCGGCGGAGGUAUGAUUCUAAAACAACAAUCUCCUUAUUACGAACACUUUUACUCACAACUAGUACCUUGGGAGCAUUUUGUACCGGUCAGAAGGGAUUUGUCCGAUUUAGUUGACCGUGUAAAAUGGGCGCGCGAUAAUGAUGAUAAGGCGCAACAAAUAGCUGUGAAUGCAAGGAAUUUUGCGAAUAACAAUCUGUUGCCGCAAAACGUUAUUUGUUAUCAUGCGGCAUUAUUUUGGGAAUGGAGCAAAAUUAUAAAAAGUGAAGUGAAUAUUGAAGAAAAUAUGGCUCAUGUGCCCCAACCUUCAGUUACUUGUAACUGCAAACCCGAAAAGCCAAAUACUCAUGAAGAUCUCUAA